GUAUCGCCAAAACUGGCAUAUACCUAUAAUAUGAGUAACCAUCACUUACACACCUUGUCCAACGGUCAGUCCCCUACCACGGCUGGCUAUAUUUGCGCACCACGCGCAGACAGAUGGAUAUAUAUAUAUACAUAUCUGUGUUGUUCAUGAAAUCAACUUUUGAAGCCCAUCCUACCAAGCUUACCUGUUUCUUCCCUGAUAAAUCCCGGAACCCAAUUCAUUUCGCCAGGGCAUACCCACUGAGGUAUUAGUACUCAACCAGCCCGUCCUACAUCCCCCAUUCAACCCUCAAGCCCCCGCCGACUGUUAUUCCACACUCCCCAUCGACUAAGAAAGAGGCUGCCCCUUACAGGACCAGAAUACAAUGUUUCGGGAAUUUCCCCGUCUGCUUUGCGCCUACCUGCUGGCCAUUUUAACCGCCGUCGCCAGAUACAUCGGACAGAAUCUAUUAGAAUUCGCGACUGCGAACGAGCCCCUUUUUGCCAUCUACUCCGAAGACGGCCAGGAGCAAGAAAGCGAGGCGGCGUCUAACCGAGGAGGAUUUCCACCGUAUUCCGACCGCAGCGGCGCAACCCCUACCCAUGGCGAUAAUGGCUUUACCCUCCCUUUCAAAGGGGCGGUCCUGUUUGAGCUCCGUUGCAACUCUCAGGAGGCCGCCCUAGGCAAGAAUAAAAUGACUGAAAUUCCCCAAGAGGAUUUUUCAAACGGCCAGGCACCCAGAGGCGUUGUGAAAAUCUUGGUUGAACAAAGCUCAGGACAUACUUCCGAGGGGAGCGGUUUCUUCGUUGCCGACCGCGUCGUCGCGACCACCGGCCACGUCCUUUUUGACCCUAUUAAUGGCCCAGCCGCCCGGGUCACCGUCCUAGCAAGCACGGCCAGCCCUGUAGGGUACGACCGUAGGUACUACGGCGCCUGCUGUGCCAUCCACCAAGAGUGGUAUGACUGUGGUACAUAUUCCAGUGACCUAGGCUUUGUCCUCCUCAGCCAGGACAUUUCGGACCGUAAAUUCAUCCUCGGCUACAAGCCGACGCCUGUUUCGGAAGUUGGACACGGAACAGACGCCGUUGUCUACGGCUACACGAGCGAGUUUCGAAAGGACUCGCCAAAUAUGUACCUACUCAGAAGCCACUCUACGGUUCACUUUACCCGUGACUGGCGUGGGCGGCAGAUAAUGCACGAAGCAGAUACCCUGCCAGGCCAUUCUGGCAGCCCUGUCAUCGACGUACUCGAUAAUAAGGUUAUUGGUCUCCAUGUCGGUCACGCUUCUUGGGGAGCUAUUAACCGGGCCAUCGCCAUCGACCACUACGCAAACGACUUCGACGUUUUUGUCCAUAUCCUCAACUCCGUCAUCGGCAAGCGCCCACCCUAUGUUACGAACUGGGCGGGCCCCGUGUCGCUUCCAGCCAUGGGUCGAGGUGGCGGGAGAGUCACAGUCAAAAUCAUUCAAAACAAAAUAUGUAUCGUACAGGGCGCUGGGACGGUCUCCAUACGUGUCCGCGGAGUGCUGCUGCAGUGGGAGUAAUGAGGGCCAAACCGUCGCCGGCGCCGAGACAGCGGCGCUUAAGGAAUGAGGUAGAAUGAACUAUGAUCCAGAGGGGGAUAGGAGCCAGAAAGAUUCUAACGCAGUAUACUUGCUGGUAUUUCUCGGAACACUGCAAACUCCUGUAGCAGACCGGGAGUAUAUUGUUGUAGUAGCUAGCAAGCCAGGCACAAAUAUACCUAUGCC